AUUAACUUAUGGGUAUGCUUCACUGAAUAUGUGCUAUGAAUCGAUAGGAUACAAAGAGAAGUGUUGGUGAACUUUCCUGUCCCAGCAGAUAAACCCCAGGGAUGGAGGGAUUUAACACCUUGGAGGGCACAGAAAGAGUGGGGCCAAGGGUUCUUUUUUAAUUUUUAUUAAUUACAGUUUAUUCACUUUGUAUCUCCCCCAGGCCUGUAGUUCCCUCCCUCCCAACUUCACCCUCCCUUUCCCCGUCCCCACCCAUGCCCCUCCCCCAGUCCACUGAUAGGGGAGGUCUUGCCCUCCUUCCUUCAGAUCCUAGUCUAUCAGGUCUCACCAGGAGUGGCUGCAUUGUCUUCCUCUGUGGCCUGGUAAGGCUGCUCCCUCCUGAGGGGAUGGUGAUCAAAGAGCAGGCCAAUUAGUUCCUGUCAGAGACAGUCCCUGUUCCCAUUACUAUGGAACCCACUUGGACACUGAACUGCCAUGGGCUACUUAAGAGAUGUACCGGCCACCGUGGUCCUGCCCCUCCACUUGGGUGUGAGUCAGGAAAACCUGGCCCUUACAAUUCUAGAUACAGACCAGUGACCUGGUCACCAUCCCCGCCGGGUAGGAUGCUUGGGCCCAUCAAAGCCAGGCUGCCUACUAGUGAACAGAUGUGCAGAGGAGACAACCCUGGACUUCCUUAUGCCAAAAGACCUUAAAGCCAGCUUUCUGUUUAUUGCUACCCAAAAGCACCUAGCUGAUAGUGGCAGCUAGGAAGUGCUGCGGCUGGUUGGGUGAAGCUUCUCCAGUUGGUUUAAAAGGGAGAGCAGGGAGGGCCCGCACGUCAGAGUACCCGAGGCCUCAGGAUGCAGAGAGAAUCCCCGGACGCAAGGGAAAUACUGGGGACGCUAAGACAAGCAGCGCAGGGAGAAGCGCUCCUUCCUAGCUACCUGACCAUCGUCCACACCCUACUCUCAGCCUCAGCCCGGUUUGGUAGCCCAGCCGCAGGCUGAACACUAACACCGUUUCCGCGUCGCCUCGUGGAGGAAACUCAUAUGUCCUUCCGCUGAGAGUGAUCGGCUCCGAGCGGAGCCAAUCCGUGGCCCGGUGUCCCUGCGCAUUGGUCUCGUAAUCCGCACUCUGACUACAAUUCCCAGGGUGCACCGAGAGCAUCUCCCUGUUUAAACCGGCCAAUCGGCGUCCGGCAGAGGUCGCCGCCGCGUUUAAACCCGUGGCGGCGUCCCAGCUGGGUUUUCAGUCCUCCGGCGAAAUCUAGGGAAGGAAGAGAAGGCCGCGACGUGCCUUUGGCCAGCCAGUCGGCAGAGGUGAAGAUGAAUACUGGUACUGAGAAGGGAGAAGACAUUCUUCUUUUGGAAGAUGAAAAAUUUGACUUCGAUCUUUCCUUGUCUUCUUCAAGUGCAAAUGAAGAUGAUGAAGUCUUUUUUGGGCCUGUGGGACACAAAGAAAGAUGCAUUGCUGCCAGCUUGAACUUGAAUGGCCAGGUUCCUCAGCAGCCUCUUGCAGCAGCCUCUGGCAGCUCUUGUGCCUGGAGCCCUCUCACUGGAGAGAAGUUUGUGGAGGUGUACAAAGAAGCCCACUUACUGGCCUUACAGAUAGAAAGCCACAGUCGAAGAGAAGUAGCCCAGGCUGCCAAGCCCAAAAAUCCUGUGAACCAGGGCGCGGAAAGAUUUGUGCAGGACUCACAGUUAAAAAUAAGCCUCUUUGAAAAAGAACAGAAGAGGGAGAAAAGCCCCGUAUCAAUUAAAAGAGAGACAUUCUGCCUGCCAUCCUCAGGGGUGCAACCCUUCUUGGGGGAGCCCCAGCCCCUGGCUUCUCCAGCCCUGCUCAGCUCCCCUGUCCCAGCUGGCCCUGUUCAGACCCAGAGCAACCAGGCUCUGCCCUGCUCCUCUCAGCCACUGCCAGGGGAGUCAAGUACCUCCCAACCUCCAAAUCAGGCUGGGCCUCAGAGGAGGCUCACAAGCAAGCUACAGCCACCUCGAGCUUUGCCUGUGAGAGGAAGACCUCUUCAACUGGCUACAGAGAAGCUCAAAAAAGAGGUGCCAGCUAGCCUUCAGAGGAUGAAACUCCUGAAUGAAAAGGGAUCCCAGAGUAAUGUGCUCCCAGACAAACCUAGCAGGGUUCCAGAUGCUGCCAGUAGAGCAGGCCACCCAGGCAAGCGAUCACUCCCGGUUCCUAGCAAGUUGGGGCUGAAGAAGACCCUAUUGAAGCCACCUGGCCAUACUGGCAGUCUCACAAAGAAGUCCUCUACCUCAGGGUCUGCUUCAAGCCUUGGGUCUAGUGUAUGUGUGUCUCCAGCAGCAGGCAAAGCAAAGUCCAGUGAACUUUCAAGUAUUCCUGCUCGUAGCUCCCAGCCUCGGACAAGCACCAGCAAGUUGGGCAGAAUAGGACCCUCCACAGCACAACAGGUUCUGCCAGCAGCUUCUUCCAGGGCAUCUUCCAAACAAGCCAGAAAGGUUGAUGCUGCCCGGAUGAUAGCAGAGCAGCCCAAAGCCUCCACCUUGACUCCUCUCAUCCAACAACCCCAGACUCCAGAACAGAGAGGACCGAGGCUGGACAGUAACACCGUGACAUCCUCUCAGUUGAAUAAAACUGGCAGUAUAAAACGGCGGGACUCCUCCCUAAACUGCAAGGCAGAGGCUAUGUCUCCCGCUACAGACCCAUUUAAAGUCCCCCAGUUUUCUGUUGGUGAGUCACCUGUAGGUGUGACCUCAAAGAUCUCACGGACACAUCAGCUGCAGUCCCGGACACCAGCUAGCAGGGUUGUCAGCAGCACUCCUGUGAGACGCUCAUCAGGGCCCACUUCACAAGGCCUGCCCAGCAGUAUGAGGACUCCUAUGAGCACAAGACGGAUGUCAGCAUUGCCUACACCUGCUAGUCGGCGCCUCUCUGGCCUUCCGUUAAUGACACCUCAGUCCAUGCCCCGGCCUCUGGUGUCCCCACUAUGUGUGCCUGUCCGCCGACUUUCUUCUGAGCCCAGGAGAAGAUCUACAGUCAGAGUGGAGCUGGCACAGGAGAGCAGCAGCAAUGCCAGUAGUGGGCAGGGCCAGGGCCUGUCCUCAGAUGACAGCUCUUCCCCUCCGUCCUCUGUACCUCAAGCACUUAACUUUUCUCCAGAGAAGAGUGACUGUCCUCUUUCCGGAGGCUCCUCCACAGGAGCAGUGCAGGGUGAAGCAGAGCCUCAUGAAGACACGCACCCCAGUGAGGGUCUUCUCCUAGACAUCAAGCUGGACCAGCUCACCAUCACCCCUGAAGCAGGAGACAGAGACCUGGCUGACCGCCCUCUCAUCGACUUCAGCAACACCCCUGAGUCAAACAUGUUUUUGGGACCCAGCAGCUGGCCCCUCCUCGACCUUGUAGUGAACACUCCAGGGGUGGAUAGAAAUGGUGUGGGGAAACCUCCAAAGGCUGAGCUUGGGCAGCUGAUCGACCUGGGCUCCCCCCUGAUCCAACUGAGCCCCGAGGCUGACAAAGAAAAUGUGGACUCACCACUUCUCAAGUUCUGAGCUGAGCACAAGCCUCCGCUCGUUAGUCUGUUUCCUUCUGUUGUGGCUUUAGACCUGUGGAAGCAAAUUUUAGAAGGAAUUGUAUUUGAUGAGGUUGGGAGAAGCCUGUUAUCCCGCUUGUGUCUGGAGUGGUGCCUAGGGGGGUCCCCACUGUGGACCUCUGUGGCUGCCCUGCUCCCUGCCUUUCCCUAGGCAGGAACACAGCUCUCUAAAAAUAUAUAUAUAUUAUUAUUUUUGUUUGUAAAAUAGCAAAUGACUGUUCGUAAAUUUUAAUUUGUUUGAAAAUUAAAUAAUCUAGAUUUAAGUUAAAUUAUAAAGUGUAUUAAAGCACACUUGAUUUUCACACUUGA